UUAAGGACCUUGCUCAGGGACCUAAUGAUCAGGGACCCUUUGCAGUCACAGGGGUUUGAACCAACAACCUUUGGAUCACAGGCACGCUGUAGUAGCCUUACUCCACACUCUGUCUUCCCCAGUCAUUCAUUAAAAAGAUCAAAUAGAUACACGCAUCUUCACACGCACAGUGUAAUUUCACAGCACCCAUGCCUCAGGCUUGCUUGGAUCUCUGCCCACCCUCCCGCAUUAGCCAGGUGGGGGACGGCGCGACACGGACAUGUCUGGGGGGUCCCAGUGCAACGGGGCUCUGGAGAGGAGGUCCAUGGUGCUGGUGGCGGAGACGCACGGACAGCAGGUACUCAGCGUGCUCCAGGGCUUCCGGGAGAGGGGCGUCCUCUUCGACUUCCGCGUCCUGGUGCGGGGGGAGUGCAUCCCCUGUCACCGCUGUGUGCUGGCAGCUUGCAGCGACUUCUUCAGGGCCAUGUUCGAGGUGAACAUGCGGGAGCGGGAUGAUGGCAGCGUCACCCUCAGCCAUCUGUCCCCCCGAGCUGUCCGCGCCUUCCUGGACUUCGCCUACACGGGCCAGAUGGAGAUCACCGAGGAGAACGUCGACAUGGUCUUCCAGCUCUCCUCCUUCCUGCAGGUCUCCGUGCUCUCCAAGGCCUGUAGCGACUUUCUUAUCCGGACGCUGGAGCUGCACAACUGCCUGCAGCUGCUGGCCAUCGCCGAGGGCUACGGCUCCGCCUGCCUGCAGCGGCGCGCCCUCGAGUUUGUCACGCGUGACUUCUACUCACUUACUAAGAUCCCUGAUUUCCUGGACAUGAGCGCCAGCGUGCUGGAGACGUGCCUGUCUGCCGACGAGCUGCAGGUGCCAGAUGAGGAGGCAGCCCUGCGAGCGCUACUUCUCUGGGUUGGGCACGACCCAGAGGCCCGUUGCCGUCUCCUGCCACGCCUCCUGCGCCGGGUGCGGCUGCACCAGCUCCCCGCAGACGUGCUGGAGGAGCUGAUUGGCUCAGAGGCCCUGCUGUCUGGCGACGGGGAUUGCGCCUGCAUUGUUAGCAGCACCCUCUCUGGCCUGCGCGAAUUCGCUGGUUUCUACCCGGACGCCCGGCCCGCCACGGCCGAGAGCUACAUAUACGUGCACAAGACAGAGGAGAACGGUGACAUCCAGCACACCUUCUGCUACAGCAUCCAGGCCGACCGCUGGCGCGAGCUCCCGCAGACCCACGUGGCGGACAUGCCGGGCUCCAGCCUCUCCAGCUAUGGGGAGAAGUUGUUUGUCACCGGUGGCUGCCGUGGCAACUGUUGCCGGGCGGUACGCCUCCAUAUAGCCGAGCCAUUCCACAACGCCACGGACGAGGUGUGGUGCUACUGCCCCCUGCAGGACAGCCUGGCGCCGGUGCCACCCAUGCAGAAACCGCGCACCAUGCACACCUCGGUCACGGCGCUCGACCGCGUCUAUGUUAUCGGUGGCAAGACUCGGGGGGCCAGGAACAUCCGCAGCCUGCUGGAUGUGGAGUACUACGACCCCCUGGGCCGAGCUUGGUGUGGCGUUAGCCCAUUACCCCGGGGCAUAUACUACCCCGAGGCGAGUGCCUGUGGAAGCGUCAUCUACGUCCUGGGGUCGGAGGUGGAGAUCGCCGACGUCUUCAACCCCUCGCUGGACUGCUUCUUCCGAUACGACGCCGUGGCCGAUCAGUGGAGCCAGUUGGUGGCAGAGUUUGGCCAGUUCUUCCACGCCACGCUUGUGAAGGCCGUGUCCGUGUGCGACGUGCUCUACCUGUGUGACCUCUCCACGUACAAGGUGUACAGCUUCUGCCCGGAGACGUGCGUGUGGAAGGGGGAGGGCUCCUUCGAGUGCGCUGGCUUCAACGCCGGCGCCAUCGGCGUCGCCGACAAGAUCUACAUCCUGGGCGGCGACUACUCACCGGACGAGAUCACGGACGAGGUCAUACGCUUCAAUCGCUACCGGGACCCUUGGAAGGUGGAGCAGUGAGCCAGCGGCCGGGGGCAGCAAAUCAGAGAGGGGUUAGACUCCCAUCCACGAAGACCCACGCUGACUCCGCCCACCACCAUGAACCUCCUACCAUGUCCCAACAUGCCUGGACACCACUGCCAGUGGGGCGUGCUAGUGGACUCAUCUGCUUCUCUAUCGAUGUCCGUUCUGUCUGUUCAGCAUUUCUAAAAUACUUUCUAUAGCUGGCCGGUGUUGAACGACAACCUGAGUUUGCUGUUCUGGUUAAUUUCCGUUUAGACGUGCUGAUCAUGAUUUCAUCCACCGUACCCCGAUGUCCGCUGAUGUCUCUCUCAGCAUGUGACUCUGGCAUCUGCAGCUCGGACUGAUCAUGUGUUUGCACUGUGUUACAGCUCCGUCUAUACAUACUGCUCGUGCCGUAGCACUGCCCCCUGCAGGAGAAUUCAGGUAGUGCCUAAAAUAUCCGACGCCUUCCAGGCUUUCGCCGUGUUUGCUGCCCAUUUCCAGGUUACUUUGCCCUUUCCGGCACGGUAAAACAGGGACAUUUCCAUGCACAAGUAACGAAAGACAGAAGGAACCAAACCACAGCUGUCACAGGAGCGUGCUCCAAUGUAACACAUCUUUAAACGUGCUUUUUCAAGCUUACGGUGCCACACUCACAGGUGCACGGCAGAUGCACUUUUGCAAUAUGAAUAAAUAACACAGGGAAGUGGACAUUUAUGGUCCUGAAAGUAAAAAUCCAUACCAAGAUUUUGUUUUAACCAACGUUUUCAGUACUCUGACCGUGACACGUAACGUUCAACGCGUUGGUUGAAACAAAAUUUUUACUUUGCAGACCUGAAUUGUCUGCCUCUGAUCGUCCCUGAGGGAGUGAGGCUUGCUGGAGCAGACCUUCGUCGGGGCCCGGAUGCUAAGCACUGACGGGGACUGGUAGGACCGCGGUAAGAGGACCCAGGCUGUCAUAUCAAUAAGCAUGCAAGCUGAAGCAGCAGUUUUAGAAGACCCACACAGGAAAAACAGGAACAUGGCCAAAAAUAGGAAGAGCAGUAGGUAUCUAUGGUACUUUAUGUAAUGUUAUUGGGUUGAUCGCCAAAGAUUUGGUUUGAUGUAACCAGAAAACAUCUAAAGGUAUAUUUCCAGGCUUAUAACGAUGGAAUGGCUUACAGUUUCGACGUUAACUGGCGCAUAAAAGUGUCCGAUUCGUGACUUGUUUGGAAUGCUGCAAUAAAGUGUGUCAGUGUCAACAUGAA